CAUCCAAUCCCAGUUCACACAUAUGUGUUGUAUCGUUCUUCUUGGGGUGAAAUGAAACAACGCGUAAGCCGAAAUCUUUUGUCUCUCCCCUUAAAGAAGCAGGGAAUAAAGUUGCCCAUUAAGAAAGAAGGCACAGAGCAAGAAGAGAAAGAAAAGGCCAAUUGCUUGGUUAGGGAGAGGGGCAGGCAGGCGGGCAGAGUGUGCUGUGGCGCCAUUCACUCUGUAAUGGGACUAAGAGAGCCUGUCAUGUGGAAGAACUUGUUCUGGGUUUUGUCGUGCCUAUUGUGGGUUUCUUUUUCUUCUGUUGAAGCCUCUGUUACUUAUGAUUAUAAGGCUAUCACUAUCAAUGGCCAAAGAAGAAUCCUUUUCUCUGGAUCCAUACACUACCCAAGAAGCACCCCAGAGAUGUGGCCUGAUCUUAUUAUGAAAGCAAAAGCAGGAGGAGUUGAUGUGAUUCAGACUUACGUUUUCUGGAAUGGGCAUGAACCUACACAAGGAGAAUACAAUUUUGAGGGGAACUAUGAUCUAGUAAAAUUCAUUAAGUUGGUGGAGCAAGCAGGUCUGUAUGUUCAUCUCAGGAUCGGCCCUUACGUGUGUGCUGAGUGGAACUUCGGUGGGUUUCCUGUUUGGCUUAAGUACAUUCCAGGGAUGAGCUUCAGAACUGACAAUGAACCUUUCAAGAAAGAGAUGCAAAAGUUCACCACAAUGAUUGUCAAUAUGAUGAAAUCAGAGAAAUUGUUCGAGUCUCAGGGUGGCCCAAUAAUCCUCUCUCAGAUUGAGAAUGAGUUUGGACCUGUGGAAUAUGAAAUCGGUCAACCUGGUCAAGUUUACACGAACUGGGCAGCAAAGAUGGCCAUUGCUCAGGACGUAGGCGUCCCUUGGGUCAUGUGCAAGCAAGACGAUGCUCCUGAUCCUAUUAUUAACACUUGCAACGGUUUUUAUUGUGACUACUUCUACGCGAACAAACCUUAUAAACCCAAAAUGUGGACCGAAGCUUGGACCGGCUGGUACACUGAGUUUGGAGGUGCAGUCCCAUAUCGGCCUGCUGAAGAUUUGGCCUUCUCAGUUGCUCGAUUUAUACAGAAGGGAGGAUCCUAUGUGAAUUAUUAUAUGUAUCAUGGUGGAACAAAUUUUGGACGUACUUCUGGUGGUCCUUUCAUAGCGACCAGCUAUGACUAUGACGCUCCUCUGGAUGAGUUUGGGCUAUUAAGGCAACCUAAAUGGGGUCAUUUGAAGGACUUGCACAGAGCAAUUAAACUCUGUGAACCAGCUCUAGUAUCGGUGGAACCAAUUGUGAUGUCCCUAGGACCCAAACAAGAGGCUCAUGUCUUUCAAUCAAAACAAGGGACUUGUGCAGCGUUCCUUGCAAAUUAUGACACAGAAUACUUCGCGAAAGUUUGGUUCAGAAAUAUGCAUUACAACCUUCCUCCUUGGUCUAUCAGCAUCCUUCCUGACUGCAAGAACACUGUAUAUAACACGGCACGGGUUGGUGCACAGAGCUCACAAAUGAAGAUGACGCCUGUUUCUGCUAAUGGAUUCUCUUGGGAGGCAUACACCGAAGAUGGCGGUGCUUUUGAUGGUAGUGCAUUUUCUACUGUUGGUUUGUUGGAACAGAUAAAUAUUACAAGAGACGUUUCCGACUAUUUGUGGUAUAUGACAGAUGUCUACAUUGACCCGAACGAGGAGUUCCUGAAAACCGGACAAUAUCCUGUUCUAAAGGUCUUAUCUGCUGGUCAUGCUUUGCAUGUUUUCGUCAAUGGGAAAUUAUCAGGAUCAUCUUUUGGUAGCCUGGAAUUCCCAAAAUUAACCUUCAGUCAGGGUGUGAAUUUAAGAGCUGGGGACAACAAAGUAUCUCUUCUAAGCAUUGCUGUUGGUCUACCGAAUGUCGGCAUCCAUUACGAGACAUGGAAUGCUGGGGUUCUUGGUCCCAUUUCAUUGAGCGGUCUCAAUGAAGGAUGGAGAGACCUUUCAUGGCAAAAGUGGUUUUAUAAGAUUGGUCUUCAUGGAGAAGGUUUGGAUCUUCACUCUUUUAUUGGGAGCUCUUUAGUUGAGUGGGCUGAAGAAUCAUUAGUUGCGGGGAACCAGCCGCUUACAUGGUAUCGGACAACUUUUGAUGCCCCAGUAGGAGCGGCACCAUUGGCUCUUGAUAUGAACAGCAUGGGCAAAGGUCAGUUGUGGAUAAAUGGGCGAAGUCUUGGUCGAUAUUGGCCUGCAUAUAAAGCCACUGGUGCUUGCGCGAAUUGUAGCUAUGCAGGCGAAUACAAUGAGAAGAAGUGCUUGACUAAUUGUGGAGAGGCUUCUCAGAGAUGGUACCAUAUUCCUCGCUCAUGGCUGAAUCCGACAGGGAACCUGUUGGUUGUUUUUGAAGAGUUGGGAGGGGACCCUAGUGGAAUUUCCUUGGCGAGGAGAGAGAUAGACACCGUGUGUGCCAAUAUAUAUGAGUGGCAACCCACCCUCAUGAACUGGAAGAUGCAUGCCUCCCAGAGGGUCAACAAACCCCUCCGACCCAAGGCUCACUUGUGGUGUUCAUCGGGCCAGAGAAUAUCGAAGAUAAAGUUUGCUAGUUUUGGAACGCCAGAAGGGUCAUGUGGGAGCUUCCAUGAAGGGAGAUGUCAUGCCUUCCACUCGUACAAUGUUUUUGAAAGGACUUGUCUAGGGCUAAAUUCGUGCUCCGUGACAAUUGACCCUGAAAUCUUUGGAGGAGAUCCGUGCCCGAACGUCAUGAAGAAACUCUCGGUGGAGGUCAUUUGCAUCUGAUACCGAGCCUAGAGAACUCAUCUGAUCAAUUUUUGGAGGAAUCAUAUACCUUGGUAAAUUAAGUCGGCACUUUUCAAAUGUUCAAGAUCUCUUCUUCUCAGACAACCCGAUUCUUUGUCCAGCUUUUCCAGGGUGAAGUUGCACAGCUACACAACACACCUCUUGGUUCAAAGCCGUAUAGGGUCCAACAAUCAUUGGCAGACCUGCUAGGUAUACAUAAGAUGACCUCCUCUUCCUCAGGCAAUCAAUCGAUUCAUUUCUCGUGACUUGCAGAAGUACUUGGAAAGAAAAGUUGCAAUUGGAGCAACUGAAACUCUAGUCCAUUUGCUUAAAUUAUAGUUCUAAAAUGCUCGUUUUUAAUAAAAUAUCGUGUUACAUUUUGAAUGUUAUAAACUAUAUGGAACCUCCUUACAAGAAACUUCUUCAUCAGCCUCUUUUCCUUUGUAAAAAGUAUAUAUACAAGGCUUAUCACA